UCAUGAACACUACCUUGUAUAAAUUCGCCUUGAAUAGGAUCUUCAAGAGCUAAAAAAUAUUUUUUUUACUGGCAAUUUGUUUACUACUGUCCUGAAGGCGAUUUGUAAUCUUUAUUCUCUGUUUGUAAUGGCAAACAAAACAGAAUACAAUGACGACACAACUGCUGCCCAAAUACAGGAUCAAAACGCCUUGCUGGAUUCGCCUAUUCGUGGUCCCACACUCUCAACAAGUACAUCAAGUUUCGAAGCUUUAGAUCCACAUGAUCCCAACUUGAGCAAGCUUGCAACAAAAAUGUUUCGAAAAACAGAGGAAUAUAUAUGCAACGAACUUAAUGCACCUCUCGAAGACUACAAACUAUUGGAGGAAAUGAAUAAAGCUACGGUGGCCAAGUAUUCGGAUAUGCACCAAAUAACAUCAUGA